AUGAUCGGUGCAAAGCGCUUUGUGCAAGAGUGUGCGGCCGAUGCGCCAAGGCCUCUUCACGAUGCAACGAGUUCCAGAUGUGCUUCUUACAGAACCUUGAUGUACAUGCAUGGUCGACUUCACGGCCUUGUAUCCAGGGGGAAUGAGGUCCUCGAGAGGGAAGCCACAGAGACGGUGGUGAGAGUGCCGCUGCUGGAAUAUGUCGAGGGUGAUGAGGAUCUGGAAGAGGAGCAGAAACAGGAGGACGAUCUGGGGGAGUUGGAUGAGGACGACGAUGACGACGAGGACAUGGACCUCAUCGCAGAUGAUUGGUUAGACAGUGACUAG